AGUCCUGUAAGUUUCGCGGAAAGAGGAACGACUGGGAAUGAUUUCAUAUAUAAUAGAUAGUCUAUGGCUUGGCAAUAGCCACCAGGAAUAGUAGAAGUCUAUGGUUGACUGCUUGCCAAGACUAGAAAUGGUGGCGAGGCGAGUGUUCCGGAGUGCGUUACGCUGUUCUUUUUGUCGUAUUUUUGGCAGGUUAAUGUAUUACGUUUGUGAAUAAUUGUGCAAAACAAUGCCGAGAACUAAGUCUAGGCGAAUUUCUGUGAUGUCAACGUAAAAAUCCAAGUCCCUCAACGGCGGAUAAAGUUUUAUCAGGUCAUCAGUGUUGUCCUAUGAGUAAAAUUUUUGAAUAUUGUAAAAAUGGCAGCAGAAUACAGUAGAAACGUAUUAAGAGUAGUGGUGGCUCAAAUAUGCCAAACGAUCGGAUGGCACUCAAUAAAUUCUACGCCGCUGGAAUUCUUGGUCGAUCUCAUGCAAGAGUACCUAACGAGGACAUCUAAAUUGACUCACCAAUAUGCCGAAGUCUUGGGAAAAACGGAACCGAACCUCGAUGAUCUUGGAUUAGCCUUUCAGCACAUGAAUAUAGACAUUCAAGAACUAGCAGAAUACGUUAAAAAUGUUGAUUCAGUCCCAUGUGCCAUCGAGGUACCUAAAUUUCCUGUACCUCGCGAAAGUCAUAUGAAUUUUUUGAAGCCAGGAAGCAGAGAGGUCGUUACUAGGCCUGUUCAUGUUCACGAACACUUGCCAGCUAUGUACCCUGACACAGAAGAUGAAUAUCCUCCAACUAAAUCUGAAAACCCAUCUGAAACAACUCCAGAAGUAACGCCUUUAAACGGCUCUCCACCUGACGGAUCGGCGAACAUAUCGCCACAAAGUACAUCGCCACAAGUGGUUUUCAAACGCCCUGGAGAUCCAGUGUCUCUUGAAAGUCCAAUAGCUAAGCGACCAAGAGUAGUCGAGGAAGGUAGACCACUGCGUGAGAUUCAUAGUGUGAUGAUGACUACUUCAGGGUUUUUGUCCCCUGCCAGGGAGGGGAAACUUCCCGAAGCUCGAACACCUCAACAAGCUCGAUCAGACUCUCCGUCGCCAAGCUCGUAUCCAAUGGUUCCCCCUGAAUUGAAUUCCGACAAAAAGCCAAAGAAAAUUGUGAAUAAAAAGAAUGGAGAAGAUAGGAAACUUGAUAAAGAAAAUAAGAAGAAGGACAGAGCGAAGGAGCUCUUUAAACCAGAUAAAAUUGAUGAUAGUAAAGUUAAAAAAUUAGCUGGCAUGAAGGAACUUGCCAAAUUGAAAGCCCUAAAGCCAGGUGGUGGCAAGAGCCAAACAGGGAUAGCUGGUCCUUCAGCAAGGCCUUCAACACCUAAACUUUCACCUCCAAAACCUGCCGGGAGUCCGAAGCCUCCUAAAGUAGUGCAGCCAAAAAUGAAGCUAGAAAAAUCUGAACCAACGAACAGUAGUUUGGUGCAAGAAAGGAAAGAAGAGAAGGUAGACAAGUUACCGUCCGAGCCCGACAAACAGAAGCUCAAUAUUUUCAAGAAAAUCUCAAAGCCCCGGGACGAUAAAGAAAAGGAUACUCCGGAGAAUAAACACAAGGAUUUGGACUCGCGUGAAAGUUCGCCAGGUUUGAUAAUCGACGAGAAUAUCGAGAAGCUGAACAGAAAAAUUGACGCAGAGGUGAAAACUGAGGAGAAGAAGACACCCCAUACACCCGAUGUACAUGUACAACCUGAUUCCGGGGAUCCAACUGGUCUUCAAAGCCCAUCCUCUGACAUCUACAUGUUCGAUGAUAUGUCGCCACCAGGCACUCCUAGUACGCCUAAAACUCCAGAACUUAACGUACCUGUGGUUAUAGAUCAGAAAAAGAAACGGAAAGAGAAAGGAAAAAAGAAGGAAACCAAAUUAAAAAGUCCCAAGCAAUGCAUUAGUCCCAAAAAGAUCAAAAUGUCAAACGAUUUGGUGGAGCCAGAUACACCGGAGAGGCCAAAGACUCCGCAGGCACCAGAACCGCCACUUAGAGAAUUAGGACUGCCUCCGACAAUGCCGUUUCCAUUCUUUCCAACUUUUCCACCAGCUCCUGGUCUCAUUCCGCCUCCCAUUGGUCACCCAUUGUUUCCAAGGUUUCCUCUUCCACUGAGCAGAGGGGUGCCGCAUCCUGCAAUGCCUAAUUUACCAUUGCCCCCAAGAUUCGUUGGACUGAACACUAAAGUAGACGACUUUCCACCUCCAAAAUCUAAGCCUUCUGAACGGGAGAAACCGCUUCCUAUACCAGCGGUGCCCAGCUUACCUAUCCCACCAGCAAAACCCGAAAAAGUGGAAAAAGAGAAACCCGAGAAGAUCCCGAAAAUCUCUAAACAUGACAAGGAGUUUGUGGCGCAACCCAUCACCCCAACCCUGCAACCUUCGAAUUUAGUUUUACCAGUAAUAAAUAAUAAUUUUGUGACCAAUUCCUCUUUGCUCACACCAAAGAGCCCGAAAGUUGAUAAAAUUGACAAGAAAUUGAAAGAGCACAAAAAAGAGAAGAAAGAUAAGCUGAAAAAGAAGAAAGAGAAGAAGGAAAAACAUAAAGAGAAGGGAGAGAAAAAUAAGGAGAAAAAAGAAAAGGGCGAGAAAAAGGAAAAAGCUGAGAAGAUUAAGGAAAAGCGAGAAAAGAAAGAAAAACGCAAAGACAAAGACAAAGAGGAUAAAGCCGAAGGUGUGCCUAAAAUCACGUUGAAACUUGGUCCAGCGUCUCCUAGACCACCAACACCUGAUACGACACCUUUGACGAAAAUAACGAUAAAACCACUGCUUAAGAAACCUGACGACGAAGUUAAACGCGAGCCGAGUCCUGAAUUGGCUAAGAUAUCAGCGUUAAUAACUAGGCCACCGAAGCAGAAGUCAACAAGUAAGAGAAUGGAGGAUGGGCUUUUAGACGUCAGCCCUACCUUUUCUUCUGAUAUCAAUGUUACGGCCCAUAUUUCCUCAACUCCAACACCUCGGGCUAAAAAAUCCCUAUUCAAAACACUUCCGCCCAGAGAAUCUUCAGUUUUAUCCUAUUCCAAAACACCCGAUAUUCCAAGCCCUAUGUUACUUCAGCAGCAAGCAUCGUUUUACUUCGUAAGAUCAAGAGGGAAGACAAGUAUGGAUAUGUCCUGCUUGUGGAAACCAGGACGAUGGUACUCCUAUGAUUGGAUGCGACGAUUGCGACGCUUGGUAUCAUUGGGUUUGCGUAGGUAUGCAAGUACCGCCUGCAAAGAACGAGGAUUGGUAUUGCCGUUUGUGCAUAGCUAAAAAGCAAGAGCUUCAUCAUGACAAGAAGAAAAAGAAGCGUAAGAAAAAGGUGAAGGUGACUGCCUAGUAUAAGCUAACCGGGCCUGGUGCAAGGCCCGGUUUACCCAGCCAAUCUACAGCUAAGGUGAAGCUAAAGGGUGGCAACAAAAUUAGCAUGAAAGGGGUUGGUAUGAAGGGAAAAAAGGUGUCCAAGAAGGAACUCAAAGUACAGAUGAAAGGGUUUAAAACAAAAAC